AUGCUCAUCUUGGCGUACGUCAAAGCUGCCUUCAGUCUCUUCAUCUGCAACAUCCUGGAAUCGGUCGAUCUCGACCAACCAUUCACACCCAAUCAAGUCUUCACGAGCGUCAUCCUGACGCAGAUGCCCAGUAGUACGACCCUCGAGACGUCACUCUCUGUACAAGAGGGGACAACUUCGACGCAGAAAACUGCGGUGCAGACCGGAGCAAUGAAGCUGAAGGAUGAAGAUGCAAAUAUGCAUUAUGCCGAAGAGGGAACUAGUCCCGAUGGAUGGCUAGAGACAUUGAGAGAUGGCAAGCAAUGA